AUGAAUCGGUACAACUGGCUAUGUGUGCUGUACGUCACCUUCGGGGCAGUCUUUUAUGGCUAUGACUCUGCCUGCACGACGUCGGUUCUCGGAUACACAUCCUUCCUCGAGUAUUUCAGCUUGGACUCCACCACCAUCGGUGCCAUGGGAUCGGCAUACUAUGCUGGUGCCGUUGUCGGCAUGGCUUCGAACUGGUACCUGCCUAACAAAUACGGACGUAUUCGGACCAUCCAGGUUGGCUGCCUGGCGUCUCUACUUGCUGCGUCAAUGCAGACAGGAGCCCAAAGCUACGGCGUCUUCGUUGCCGGUCGAGUUAUCGGUGGAUUUGCCUCAGGCUUGAUAUUUGUCGUGUGUCCGGCCUAUGCCUCCGAGAUUUCUCCUCCCGCGAUGCGAGGAAGAAUAGGCGGGCUUUAUUCAGUCAGCGUGAAUGGGGCGUACUGUUUCACUGAAUGGGUUGGCCUGGGGUUCUACUUUAUCAAAGGCGAUGUCUCCUGGCGCCUCCUGCUGGGCUGCCAGCUUAUUCCCGGCGUCGCCAUGUUCGCGUGCUCCUUCUUGAUGCCGGAGUCACCCCGUUUUCUUGCAUAUGUCGGGCGCUACGACGAGGCUUUGGAGACUCUUAAGAAAAUGCACGGCACGACACAUGAUGACACCUUUUAUAUCCGCGAGUUCCACCAGAUCAAGGCCCAAAUCGAGCUCGAUCGGGAGGAGCGCCUGGGUCUCAAGGCAAUCUGGCAAAAGCCGUCGUACCGCAAACGAUUUUUGUUGGUCUUCUGGUACGCUAUUGCAUGCAUGCUUUCUGGCGUCAUCGUCAUCCAGAACUACCAGGUCAUUCUUUAUACGAACGUCGGAUUCAGCAACGUCAUGUCCCUCAUCCUGACCGGUGUCUGGGGUUGCGUCGGCACGCUGUCUGCAGUCUACGCCGCACUCUGCUUCGACCUGAUGGGUCGGCGGCCCACCAUGUUUAUAUCAUACUUCCUCAUCGUUGCAGGAACGCUCAUCACCUGCAUCACCUGGGCAGUCUACGAGAAUGGCGGAAGCACCAACCGCUCGCUCGCAAAGGGCAUCAUCGCAGCCAUGUUUUUCGUCGGUCUUGGGUAUGGCGGGCCUGCCAACGCUUUCCUGGCAACGUACCCCGCCGAAAUCAUGCCUACCUCGGUCCGCCCCGUUGGUGUGGCCGUCAGCUACAUGACCCAGCACAUCCUGAUUAUCAUCCUGGUGCAAUUCACCCCGCAAGCCAUCGAGACCAUCUCGUGGAAGUUCUUCCUGAUCUUCGUCUGCUCGAGUUUCGUUUUCGCCAUCGUCUUCGUCCUCUUCUACCCUGAGACCCGGGGCAAGACACUGGAAGAAAUCGAGGCGGUCUUCGGUGACAAGGUCGCGGAGACGUUGGACGAGGCUGGAGAACAUGUCAAGAUCGAGCACGUGGACGAAAAAGCGCAGGCUCAAGGAAAUGUCAGUACCGUCGCUGUCCAUGAAGAGGGCGGCAUUGAGAAAACAGCAACUGCCUAG